UUCUCCCUGGACUGAAACUGAAAGUCGAAACCAAACCUGCUAACCUAAACCGAAGGGGAAGCAGCAGAAAACAAAACCUGUACGUACCAAAAUCCAUAUUAUCCCUAAAACCCAAUCUCACUCCUCUUUAGAAGUGGAAGAAGGUGACGAGGAUGAUGAUGGGUACUAUCUACGGCCAUAGAAUGACGGUGACACUCUUCUUGGUUCUCCUCCUCGCCUCUUCAGCCCGCUCCUUCUACCUCCCUGGCGUCGCUCCUCGCGAUUUCCAAACUGGUAAUUCUCUGCCUGUCAAAGUGAACAAAUUGUCGUCUACUAAGACACAACUUCCAUAUGACUACUACUUCUUAAACUAUUGCAAGCCCAAGAAGAUAUUGAACAAUGCAGAAAAUUUGGGAGAAGUUCUCCGAGGCGACCGCAUUGAAAAUUCUGUCUAUACCUUCCAAAUGAGGAAGGAUCAGUCAUGCAAAGUCGCAUGUAAGCAUAAGCUUGAUGGUGCAUCUGCCAAGAAUUUUAAGGAAAAAAUCAAUGAUGAAUAUCGAGUUAACAUGAUUUUAGAUAACCUUCCAGUUGCUGUUCGAAGACAGAGGAGGGAUGGAAGUCCAUCAACAACUUAUGAACAUGGAUUUCGUGUUGGGUUUAAAGGAAGCUAUUCUGGGAGCAAAGCGGAGAAAUAUUUCAUAAAUAAUCACUUGAGCUUUAGAGUCAUGUAUCACAAGGAUCCAGAGACUGACUCUUCUCGGAUUGUUGGGUUUGAGGUUACUCCAAACAGCAUUAAUCAUGAAUAUAAGGACUGGGAUGAUAAGAAUCCUCAAUUAGCAACAUGCAACAAAGACACCAAAAUCUCAAUGCAAGGUAACACUGUUCCGCAAGAAGUUGACACAGAUAAGGACAUUGUUUUUACCUAUGAUGUUUCCUUCAAGGCAAGUGAGAUCAAAUGGGCAUCCCGUUGGGACACAUAUCUCCUCAUGAAUGAUGAUCAGAUUCAUUGGUUCUCCAUCAUAAACUCUUUGAUGAUUGUUCUCUUCCUUUCUGGCAUGGUGGCGAUGAUCAUGAUGAGAACUCUAUACAGAGAUAUUGCUAACUAUAAUCAAUUGGAAACCCAAGAUGAGGCUCAGGAAGAGACGGGAUGGAAACUUGUCCAUGGAGAUGUUUUCAGGCCACCAAUUAAUUUUGGCUUGCUUUGCGUCUAUGUUGGUACAGGUGUUCAGAUAUUUGCAAUGACACUUGUGACAAUGAUAUUUGCAUUGCUUGGUUUUUUAUCUCCUUCCAACCGAGGGGGGCUUAUGACUGCCAUGGUUCUGUUGUGGGUUUUCAUGGGCUUAUUUGCUGGUUACUCCUCUGCACGUCUGUACAAAAUGUUCAAAGGCACAGAGUGGAAGAGGAAUACCUUGAAAACUGCAUUUAUGUUUCCAGGUAUUCUUUUUGGAGUAUUCUUUGUCCUGAAUGCCCUAAUAUGGGGUGAACAGUCUUCUGGGGCUGUGCCAUUUGGAACGAUGUUUGCUCUUGUCUGCUUAUGGUUUGGCAUAUCAGUGCCCUUAGUCUUUGUGGGUAGUUACUUGGGUUUCAAGAAACCAGCCAUCGAAGACCCUGUGAAAACUAACAAAAUUCCUAGGCAAAUACCUGAGCAAGCAUGGUACAUGAAACCGGUCUUCUCUAUUCUCAUUGGAGGCAUUCUUCCAUUCGGGGCUGUUUUCAUUGAGCUCUUCUUCAUCUUGACAUCAAUAUGGCUGAACCAGUUCUAUUACAUCUUCGGCUUCCUUUUUAUAGUGUUUGUGAUUCUUCUAAUCACUUGUGUGGAGAUAACAGUCGUGCUAUGUUACUUCCAGUUAUGCAGUGAAGACUACUACUGGUGGUGGAGAUCUUACUUGACUGCCGGCUCCUCUGCACUCUAUCUUUUUCUAUACUCUGUCUUCUAUUUCUUUACCAAGUUGGAGAUCACAAAGCUGGUUUCAGGCAUCCUAUAUUUUGGAUACAUGAUAAUUGUAUCUUAUGCUUUCUUUGUCUUGACCGGUUCUAUCGGCUUCUAUGCAUGCUUCUGGUUCGUUAGGAAGAUCUACUCAUCCGUUAAAAUCGACUGAUCUAAAGAUGCUGAAAAGAGUUACGCAAGAUGAAGAUGAAUUCCAGACCAUGACAGGAAGUGGAGAAGGGAUAAAGAUUAAAGCGAAAUUUCCUUCCCACCCUCAAAACCUUUAUCUAUCUUCUUGAUGGUCGCAUAGGGCUUGGCCCAUUAUUUUGUUUACACCUUUGUUAAUGUCAUCAACUUGGGCAGCUUGAAUAGGGGACCUUGAUGUAUGGCUACUUGUAUGAUACUCGUAUGGGGACAACACAAUUACAAGUCCAAAAUUUUUU